CCCAGGCACAUCCCAGGCUAGGCCAAAGGGCGCCCAGAAAUCAGCUUCUCCGAGAAAGGAGAGGGUUUGCAGCAAGCAAUUAGUCAUAGAGUAGGCAAGGGCCCUCCAGCCUUGGGAGAGUCAACACACGGCCAGCUUAUGGGAGCUGAUGGCGAAUUGACCUCUUCAGAAAAGUGUGGCUUCCUGGAGAACCCGUGUCACCCCCACUCAGGCAGCGACCAAGCAUUGUCACUGAUGUUGCAGUUGGAGUGAAGAGAGGAUCUGACGAACUUCUUUCAGGCAGUGUACUCAGUAGCCCAAACUCUAAUAUGAGCAGCAUGGUAGUUACUGCCAAUGGUAAUGACAGCAAGAAGUUCAAGGGAGAAGAUAAAAUGGAUGGGGCCCCUUCCCGUGUACUUCAUAUUCGAAAAUUACCUGGUGAAGUGACAGAAACAGAAGUUAUUGCAUUAGGCUUACCUUUUGGUAAGGUAACUAACAUCCUGAUGCUGAAAGGAAAAAAUCAGGCAUUUUUGGAACUAGCUACAGAAGAAGCAGCUAUUACUAUGGUUAAUUACUAUUCUGCUGUGACACCUCAUCUUCGAAACCAACCCAUAUAUAUCCAGUACUCCAAUCAUAAAGAAUUAAAGACAGAUAAUACAUUAAACCAGCGUGCUCAGGCAGUUCUCCAGGCUGUGACAGCUGUACAGACAGCAAAUACCCCUCUUAGUGGCACUACAGUUAGUGAGAGUGCAGUAACUCCAGCCCAGAGUCCAGUACUUAGAAUAAUUAUUGACAAUAUGUACUAUCCUGUAACGCUUGAUGUUCUUCAUCAGAUAUUUUCCAAGUUUGGUGCUGUAUUGAAGAUAAUCACAUUUACUAAAAAUAAUCAGUUCCAAGCUUUGCUGCAAUAUGGUGAUCCAGUAAAUGCACAACAAGCAAAAUUAGCUUUGGAUGGUCAAAAUAUUUAUAAUGCAUGCUGUACUCUAAGGAUUGAUUUUUCCAAACUGGUUAAUUUGAAUGUAAAGUACAACAAUGAUAAAAGUAGAGAUUAUACUCGACCUGAUCUUCCAUCUGGUGAUGGACAACCAGCUUUGGACCCAGCCAUUGCUGCAGCAUUUGCUAAGGAGACAUCUCUUUUAGGGCUUCCUGUUGCAGCUGUUCCAGGAGCUCUGAGUCCUUUGGCUAUUCCAAAUGCUGCUGCGGCAGCUGCUGCAGCUGCUGCUGGCCGAGUGGGUAUGCCUGGAGUCUCAGCUGGUGGCAACACAGUCCUGUUGGUUAGCAAUUUAAAUGAAGAGAUGGUUACGCCCCAAAGUCUGUUUACCCUCUUCGGUGUUUAUGGGGAUGUGCAACGUGUGAAGAUUUUAUACAAUAAGAAAGACAGUGCACUUAUACAGAUGGCUGAUGGAAACCAAUCACAACUUGCAAUGAACCAUCUGAAUGGACAAAAAAUGUAUGGGAAGAUUAUUCGGGUUACUCUCUCCAAGCAUCAAACUGUACAACUACCUCGAGAGGGACUUGAUGACCAAGGCCUAACUAAAGAUUUUGGUAAUUCCCCAUUACAUCGCUUUAAGAAGCCUGGUUCUAAAAAUUUUCAGAAUAUAUUUCCUCCAUCAGCCACUCUUCACCUUUCCAAUAUUCCUCCGUCAGUAGCGGAAGAAGAUCUACGUACACUUUUUGCUAACACUGGGGGCACUGUGAAAGCAUUUAAAUUUUUUCAAAGAGAUCACAAGAUGGCGCUUCUUCAAAUGGCAACAGUGGAAGAGGCUAUCCAGGCACUGAUUGACCUUCAUAAUUAUAACCUUGGAGAAAAUCACCAUCUGAGAGUUUCCUUCUCCAAAUCAACAAUUUAAAAAAGAGAUAAAGAUUUAGGGUGAAUCACAUUGUCAGUGUCAUCACCUGUUGACUGUUCAGAAAAGUGGGGACCAGAGUUUGACUUUUGGGUUUUUUUCAUGCUGUUAUCAUUCCUUGGUUAUAAUAAAAUGAAAUGCAUAUGUUAAAAGGCA